AUGGGCCAUGGGUACACUUCUCCGAGACGGCGAUUGAUCCCUCUUCUGUUCCUCCUCCUGCUGAGGUCGACCAGUGUCUUGACAGGACAGACUGAGCCAUACAGGAGGGACAGCUUCAGUCCUCUCUUUGAGGGUCAGAAUGCCGUGUUUGUGUGCGACCCAAGUGGCCAGGUAAGCGGCACUCUUUCCUACCAGUGGACUCUCAACGAUACCCACAUUAUCGCCACCCGACGCUCCUUCACCAUUUACAAUGUGCGGGAAAGCGACAGCGGACUUUACAAAUGCAUUGUGCGAGGAAAGAUAAUGGACAAGGAGGUUGUGGCUGAACACGCCACUUUUGCGUACGUUAAGAAGGCUGAAACGAUGCUCACCCAGGUGGUGGACGAGGGCGUGUCAGUGAUUAUUCUCUGCAAUGUCACAGACAGCAACGUGCCACCGGGGUCAAAAAACUUACGCUAUCAAUGGCACAACCCAAACGGGACACUAAUAAGCAACCGGGGUUUCCUGAGACUCGCCAACAUUCGUAUCCACGAGUCUGGCGUCUACGUGUGCACUGCGUCAGUUGAUGUAAAUGGGACCCGCCACGAGGCCAGCCGUGGCACCAAUAUUCAAGUCAAACGCGCAGGCAACGUGAUCUUCCCUGGUCUCUCAGGCCACACCAUCCACGUGCUGGAGACCAGUCCCGUUCACCAGACAUGUCGAGUGGAGAAGCACCACCCUGGCGCAAAUUACACCUACCACUGGCUAGGCCCCCACCGACAAAAGAUCGCCGAUGGCAGUCAACUAACAAUUGAUUACGCUCUGCGCUCCCGCCACUCGGGCGCCUACACCUGUGUCGCCAAGUCCAUUCAGGCUGCGCAUCGCGAUCUUGAGGGCACCGUCUACGUCAUCGUUUUGCAGAGGUCUGAUUUCGAUGUGCGAAGAUUUGACGAAUGCGAAUCUUCCAGUGACGAAAAGUGCUCAUGGGAGCUGCGUCUUCUGGUAAUCGAUUCAACGGAAUCGCACAGAGUUGUCAAUCUCUUCAGAGCGAGGUCAAACAUAAUGAUGACUUGGGAUGCCCUUCUGCCUCCUCCCAGACUCUAUUUUGGGAAGCAUUUCUUGACAAUGCGCUCCACUGCCACGCUUCCUCCAAGUACCAGUAAGUUCGCAGUACGAGUCACUCCUGCAGCUUCGGAGCCGACUUCGAAUCACACACUCUGCAUUCAACCGACACUGCAUGACAUGAGGGUUCGAAAUAACAGAAAGCACGCCUGGUUGGUGAAUGCAGCUACUGCACACUCAGGUCGUGCCCAUCUCUCCUCCUCCUCCUCCUCCAUGCGAAAAUGGCGUCACGACUACACAGUGCUGCGGAGAGUCUGUGUCAGGCUCAUGGUUUUCAGUUCUGUGAUGGAAAGUGCAACACAAGGAGGUGAAAUAGACACCAGUUCACGUUGCGUUGUUCAGGCAUUCAUGCACAAGUUUGGUUUGAAGAGCACAUUUAGUGACUUUCCACCCACUCUUCGGCAUGAGACCCUACGUUUUCAAAUAUCUACCUUGUCGGAGAACCUGCGUAUAGGAGGCUUCACGCACAGGCGGGUGUCGAUACCUUACCUGCCUUUCCCUGUGGGUGUGACUCAGGAGCAGUUCGAAUAUACAUGGAUAAGCCCCGAGGGCCAACCAGUGACUCCUCAGCCCAGUCCCGAGAUGUACGUCCAACUGCAGUCGCCCCAACAGUUCGGCCUUUACACCAUUCGUGUACGCGGCAUCCACUCCGGCUAUUCACAUGAACUGCAAAGUGACGUCCUUCUGCAAAUGAAUCCGGAUGACUAUUCACUACGAAUCUCGGGCCAGGGGAGCCAAAUGUUUCCAAACUCACGAGUCGAGGUUCUCUGCGAGGUGCAACCGUUGCACCCGGGUGCUAAGGUGCGGUGGGUGAACGCGCAGAACUUAAUGGUGGCGUCCGAUGGCCGUCUCAUGAUCGAGCGCUUCAAGAACGGCAACGAGGGUAGCUACUUCUGUGAAGCCUUCCUUCCAGAUGGAAACAUUCUCCUGAAGCAACUCUUCCUCCAACUGGAAAAUGGGACAGAAAUCGGCGCAGAUGGGAUUGAGGGUGACAGUGGCAGUUCCUACACUAUCCACAUUGCGAGCUACCCCUCGCACUUCACCUAUGAUGACGCGGUUGAACUGCACUGCAUUGUGCAACCAGAUGCCAAUGGUGUGACUUUCGAAUGGACGAAAGACGGCCAAGUGAUAGGGAACAAUCAAGUCCUCGAUAUCCCUGCCUUCGGUAGGCAAGAUACUGGUAAAUACCAGUGUCGUGCGACUAUCCAGUCCGUUGUCAAAUAUGCGGAGGAAAUUUUGACUCUACCCUCUGAAGAUACUUGGGAGUUGGCUAUGGGUCCGAGAGUGGUGAGCGCCGGUGCGUUCAAGCCCUUUCAAAUUGAGUGUACCUCCCAUCGGUCGGGUGUUCGACCGUCAGUAGUGUUCUCAUCCGAUGCCAAUAUCACUAUUGACAGCCAGUUCCAACUUCUCUUUCCUGCUGCCCAAAGGGUCAUUAUCUCCGUACCCAGAGGUCUUUCUACCGUCUACAACGGAAUGUCUAUUCGAUGCCUUCUGAAUAACGUCUACUCGAAGCAGUCGCGUAUAUUCAUUCAAGACUCCUGCCCCACGAAACAGAUCAGCUGUCUCAGUGGCGAGUGCGUCCUCAUUGACAAGAUUUGCAAUGGCGUCAAUGACUGCAGGGAUGGCUCCGAUGAGAGCGAACAAUUUUGCUGCUUGGGGCUACUGGUGUGGCCCGGAGGUCAGGACGCUCGGCGAUGGCACAAUGGCGGAGUCCCUAAAUGA